UUAAGAUGAGCUUAAACAUUAUUAUCUGUAUAUUCUGCUAAACUCAAAACAUAAUCAUUUCCUAAAGAUCACCCCCACCUUCCAAUUGUACAUAAUGAUUACUUCUGAUUAAUCUCAUACAUAACACUUUUUUUUCUUUCUAUCAAUAGUUAAGAAAAAUGGGAAAGCAGAAGCUUCAACAAAGAGCUGGAUAUAAGGCUUUGUGCUGCAGUAGUUGCAGAAGGCUUAGUGUUUCUUCCUGUGAAGAAGGUGGUGAUCAAAGCUCGGGCUCCGAUCGACGGUACGCAUCGAUUUCAAGUGUAGCACAUGCCAUGGUUCAAGAGAGACUAGAUCAAAUCAUAAAAGAAAAGCAGAGACAAAGUCAUGUCGAAGGGAUCAAGUUUGUAGUAAUGGUAGCAAUGGAAAAAAAUUCUUACGAUCCAAGAGAAGAUUUUAGAGAAUCAAUGGUUGGAAUGAUCAUGGCAAACAGGCUAAAACAGCCUAAACAACUUCGUAGUCUAUUGAAUUAUUACAUGUCUAUCAAUUCUCAAGAUUAUCAUGCAAUUAUACUUGAGGCUUUCCAUGAGGUUUGCUCUCAUUUGUUCUUGUCUUGUAAAUGCCACUCAUAAAUUUACACAGG